AGGAGACUCUGGAUGCGCCGCUGUCCAUAAAAAUCACUUAGGAUGGAAGAAAUGCCGAUGUCGGGGAUUUCGGAGAUUAUGCUCGGACACUUUUGAGCCCAACAAGCGCCACGUUAGCAAACUGUCGGUUCUAUCUGAGUGGUUCCACAGUUCCCCGUAACAGAAGGUAAAUGGGUCCGAGUGUGGGGUGAGCCCUCCAAUGGGGCUGACCACAGUGACACUUUAAUCCUCAGAAAUCCAGGAAUUAGCCGUGUCCCGCUUGUCGCCAACCAGCGAAACACCUGGACUUAUGGGAGUGUGUCGGCGCGCCAGCAGCUGCGGAUGUUAGGCCGAGCGGAGGAAGAAGAGCAGGUCCCUGUGUGGAGCCGUGAACAUGCUAUGAGACACCUGGACACGGACUGAGAGGAGAAGUCGUCAGUGACACAGAGAAGACAACAUGAAGGAGAAAUCUAAAAACGCGGCCCGGACUCGACGGGAAAAGGAGAACAGUGAAUUUUAUGAACUGGCCAAACUGCUGCCGUUACCCUCCGCCAUCACCUCCCAGCUGGAUAAAGCGUCAAUCAUCCGGCUCACCACCAGCUACCUGAAAAUGAGAAUAGUCUUUCCUGAGGGUCUUGGGGAGUCCUGGGGUCAUGUGAGUCGCAGCAGUUCUCUGGAUGGAGUCAGCCAGGAAUUGGGCUCCCAUCUAUUACAGACGUUAGAUGGCUUCAUCUUCGUGGUCGCUUCAGAUGGGAAAAUCAUGUACAUAUCAGAAACAGCAUCGGUCCACUUGGGUCUGUCGCAGGUAGAAUUGACAGGAAACAGCAUCUAUGAAUACAUCCAUCCAGCAGACCAUGAUGAAAUGACCGCCGUCCUCACAGCACACCAGCCUUACCACUCACACUUUGUUCAAGAGUAUGAGAUGGAGCGCUCCUUCUUCCUGAGAAUGAAAUGUGUCCUCGCUAAAAGAAACGCUGGUCUCACCUGUGGAGGCUACAAGGUGAUCCACUGUAGCGGCUACCUGAAGAUCCGUCAGUACAGCCUGGACAUGUCCCCGUUUGACGGCUGCUACCAGAACGUGGGGCUGGUGGCAGUUGGUCACUCGCUGCCGCCCAGCGCCGUCACCGAGAUCAAACUGCACAGCAAUAUGUUCAUGUUCAGAGCCAGCCUGGACAUGAAGCUCAUCUUCCUGGACUCACGGUACGUCCUCCACCACAUAGUGUUCUGUGUUCCACUGCACACCAUAAAUGUGUGUGUGUGUGUGUGUGUGUGUGUGUGUGUCUUGCUCAGGGUUGCAGAGCUGACAGGCUACGAGCCUCAGGAUCUAAUAGAGAAGACGCUCUAUAAUCACGUCCACAGCUGUGACUCCUUCCACCUGCGUUGUGCUCAUCACUUGUUGCUGGUGAAAGGUCAGGUGACCACGAAGUAUUACCGUUUCUUGGCCAAGCAUGGCGGCUGGGUCUGGGUUCAGAGUUAUGCAACCAUCGUACACAACAGCCGCUCGUCCCGACCUCACUGCAUCGUCAGUGUCAACUACGUCCUCACGGAGACGGAGUAUAAAGGCCUGCAGCUCUCUCUGGACCAGGCCACAUCCAAGGCUUCUUUCCCCUACAGCAGCAGCAGCACGGCCAGCAGCGUCAUGGAUAGCUGCAGGACUCCCAAGAGCAAAGUGUCCCGCCUCAAGACCAAAGCCAGAUUGUCGCCAUACACACAGUAUCCCAGUUUCCAGACAGAGCGGUCAGAGUCGGACCAGGACAGUCCGUGGGGCAGCAGCCCCCUCACUGACUCCGCCUCCCCUCAGCUACUGGAGCACAGUGAAGGCCUGGACGCCUCAUGUGUCUACAGGCAGUUCACUGAUCCUCGCACACCCUGCUACAGCCCGUCUGAGGAGCAGCACCACACACACCUCCACACACACGGCCAAGGUCAGCGUUGCGAGCGGAGUCGAUGUGAGGCGGGACGAUAUUUUCUAGGAGCACCUCCGCCCAGCGGCAACGUGUUCUGGGGAACCACCCGCUCCAUCAUACCACUGAGCAAGAGUUCCCUGGAGAACCAUGAUGGAUAUCACAGCAGCAUGCCGCACAUCACAGCCAUACACAACUACAACGGACAGGCCCACUGGGACGAGGACAGUGUGGUCAGCUCUCCAGACGCCGGCUCAGCCAGUGACUCAGGGGAUCGAUACCGAGCUGAUCAGUACCGCUGCAGCCUGCAGGAACCCAGCAAGAUCGAGACGCUGAUCCGAGCCACGCAGCAGAUGAUCAAGGAGGAAGAAAGUCGAUUGCAGCUACGCAAGGCCCCCCCAGACUCCCCACUGGGACCAGCCAAUGGACUGCCCAAGGGCCCCGGUUCAUGCUUCACUCCUGAGUAUACUCAGGGGCCCCUGCCACUACAGUCAGUGGUGUGCAGAGGGUUGAGUCAGGUGAUCAGCCCUGCAAAUAGCCCCGCCCCCCUAUCCAGGCUGAGCAGUCCAGGGUCUGAGCGCCUCCACAAGCCCAAAGACUACCUCCAGACAGACAUGUCCCCUAUUUCUCUGCCAUUACACCACUCGCUUGGUCGAUCGGGCUCAUGCUCGGCUUCUCCCUCCCUGGCCCCGGCCCUCUACCCCUCCCACACCCACCCAAGACCCUAUUUGGACAAGCAUACAGCAUACUCCCUGACAGGCUACGCUCUGGAGCACCUCUAUGACCCGGAGAGUCUCCGGGGCUACUGCACCUCCACCAGCUCUGGCCCCACCCACUACGACGUGACCCCACACCUCCGCAUCCCAGCAGAGCAGACCCCCGGACACAAAGGCACCUCUGUCAUCAUUACCAACAGCAGCUAACGCUCAUCAUGCAGUGGGACUGCAGCAACACAGAGCUGGUUAGUGCUGUUCUAAC